CAAUGAUGGACUCGGACUCGUCCGGUGCGGACUUCUGCCGGUUCUGCCGGUCAGAGGCGUCGUCAGACCGGCCGCUAUUCCACCCUUGCAUCUGCACGGGUUCCAUCAAGUGGAUUCACCAAGAGUGCCUGGUGCAAUGGAUGCGGUAUUCCAGGAAGGAGAUUUGCGAGCUCUGCGGCCAUCGGUUUUCGUUUAUGCCGAUCUACUCGCCCGAUAUGCCUCGCAGGCUGCCUAUCCGCGACGUAGUGGGUGGCCUGGUGACUUCCGUUGCGUCCGCCGUGAAAGACUGGCUGCAUUACACUUUGGUGGCGCUCGCUUGGCUCGGGAUCGUGCCGCUAACGGCGUGCCGGACGUAUAGAUGCCUAUUCUCAGGAUCAUUAGACCCAGUCAUAUCCUUACCAUUCGACAUCGUAUCUGCUGAGAACCUGGCGAAAGAUGUCUUUUCUGGGUGUUUUGUGGUGACGUGUACCCUGUUUUCGUUUAUUGGACUGAUUUGGUUGAGAGAGCAAAUAAUGCAUGGUGGCGGUCCUGAUUGGAUGGAGAGAGAAAUUAUGCCAGCGCCGGCAGCAGAAGAUAUUCCUUUGCCUGACAAUAACAAUGACCUUGUGAAUGAUGCGCCAGCGGAUGAUGCGGCUAGAGAGGAAGCUAACGGAGAGGGUGGUGAGGACCCGCUGGUGGGGGACGAAGCCAACUGGAACCCUAUGGAGUGGGACCGUGCUGCCGCUGAGGAGUUGACCUGGGCUCGUCUGCUGGGGCUGGACGGAUCAAUGGUGUUCCUAGAGCAUGUGUUCUGGGUUGUGUCAUUGAACACCUUUUUUAUUGUUGUGUUUGCAUUUUGCCCCUAUCAUAUUGGCCGGUUGGGGGCAGCGAUGGCUGGAUUCACCGCUGAGGGUCCCUUUGCCGGUCCCCUCACUGCCCUGGCUGGAUAUGUCUUAGUGGGAGCAAUCCUGGCAGUUCUACAUGGCAUAGCAUCACUACUGCGUCUAAGAAGUGCCAAAAAAGCAUUAGGAUUCUGCUAUGUGGUGGUGAAAGUUGCCCUACUAUCUGUGGUUGAGAUCGGUGUGAUCCCACUGGUAUGCGGUUGGUGGCUGGACCUAUGCUCCUUAUCGAUGUUCGACGCGACCCUCAAAGACCGCGAGGCAAGCCUCCAAGCUGCCCCCUGGACGCUCAUGUUCAUACACUGGCUAGUCGGCAUGGUCUAUGUGUAUUACUUUGCCUCCUUCAUACUACUGUUGAGAGAGGUGCUGAGACCAGGCGUGCUGUGGUUCUUGAAGAACCUGAAUGACCCUGAUUUUAGUCCUGUGCAGGAAAUGAUCCACCUGUCAGUAUGGUCUCACAUUCGCCGGCUGGUGGUGUCUGCCAUGAUAUUCGGGACUGCUGUGCUGUUCAUGUUGUGGCUGCCGAUAAGAGUGAUCAAGUAUGUGCUGCCUGGAUUCCUGCCGUAUGCUGUGGCUGUCCACACUGAAGCUCCAGUCAAUGAACUUAGCUUGGAGUUGCUGCUGCUUCAGGUGAUCCUGCCAGCGCUGCUGGAACAAUCCCACACCAGAACCUGGCUGAAGGCAGGCUUACGGGCCUGGUGCCUGUGCGCCGCCGGCGUGCUAGGGCUCCGCUCGUACUUGCUGGGCGAGGCGGCGCGCCAGGCGGAGCCGCACCCGCCGCCGCACCCGCCGCACCAGCUCGGCGCCGCGCACCAGGCGCUGAUGCGUCGAGACGGGCCAGCCGGCUACGAGCCCUACGUCCGCGUGUCUUGGUUCCCGGUGCGACUCGCCGCUCUAUUGGUCCUCGUUUCAAUCUCCUUGGUGCUUGCUAGCGCUCUCACUUUGGUUAUCCCUGUGGCGAUCGGAAGAAAAGUAAUGGCUCUAUGGCUGCCUAAGGCUUCAGAAGGUGUUCACGAACUAUACACUGCGGCUUGUGGGAUGUACGUAUGCUGGGCUUUGGGCCGCGGCGGCACGUUAGCGGCGGGCUGGGCCCGCGGCGGCCGCACCGCACUAGUGUCCCGCUGCAUACUGUGGGCGCGGGUAGCGCUGCGGGCCGCGCUGGCCGCCGCCGCGCUGCUAGGGCUGGUGCCGCUUAUGUUCGGGCUGCUGCUGGAGCUGGUGCUGGUGAUCCCACUCCGCGUGCCACUUGAACAGUCGCCCGUACUAUUCGUGUGGCAGGACUGGGCACUAGGCGUGCUUUACACCAAGAUCGUGUGCGCACUCACAAUGAUGGGCCCCGACUGGGCCAUGCGACGCGCCAUCGAGAAGGCCUACCGCGACGGCAUCCGCGAGAUGGACCUCAAAUUCAUCCUAACUGAAGUGGCCGCGCCCAUAGUGUGCUGGCUGGGACUAGCUCUUGCAGUACCGUACGCGUUCGCGCACAGCGUGGCGCCGCUGGUGGUGACGUCAGCGGCGCAGCGCAAUCUGCUGGCGCGCCGCGUGUACCCCGCGCUGCUGCUGUGCUGCGUGCUGUGCGCGCUCACCGUGUUCCAGAUUCGCCAAUUCCGCAAGUUAUACGAGCACAUCAAGAAUGACAAGUACCUAGUAGGCCAGAGGCUCGUGAACUACGACCAUCGGCGUCACAAGCAACAAGCCCAGCUGGCCGCCUGAGCGCCGCGAUAUCGCGUCACCAUCGCGUUCGACCGCAAUCAGUUCGACCGUAAGCACUUCGACCGUGAACACUUCGACCGUAAACACUUUGACCGAAAACAGAACAUCAGCAGUGUACGCGCAGUGGUCUAUACAACUAGCGUUGCCAGAUUAGCAUUUCAAAAGUCAGUACAUAAAAAACGGGUUUUGACUUAAAAAAUCGGGACUUCUAAAAUUACACAUUGUAUUUUUGUGAUUAAAAUAAAAAAAAAAUCAGUCAGAUCAAUGAAAAAAAUCACCUAAAGUAUUAGAUAGGCAUUCUCUACAAUGGAUCUACUCUGAUUGAGGCUAGAAGAAUGCUAUAUGGUGUUAAGUUCACCUUAUGUAAAUACUAUAAAUGUUGUAGUUCGAUGUUUUAAAUAAAUAAAACAGCGGUAUAUUCGGCAUUACACUCAUGCUGUUUUCUAAACGUCCUAGAAACGGGACGUCUCAUCAAAAGAGACCUCUGGCAACACUAAACACGACACACCGGUCGCCUAACGGUCCGACUAGUGGUUGCAGCGUGGUGAACGAAACGCGAACGCGUAAACGGCUAAACUCAAACGUGAAUUCGUAUUCAACGCUAGAGCUGCGUACGUCAACAAAUACAACAAUGAAUGAAAUAAAUAAAGAAAAGUUAAUUCUUUUUGAGAAAAUAACACUUAAUUGAAACUCUUGUUUUUUUUGGUCUAAAAUUAUGCGUUUAAGAAAUUGUAUCUUAGAAUGAAAGAAAACCGGUGUCAAAUAUCGAAUUUCAUAAGAAGACAUAACUUUGUUUGACUGGUUUUGUUGAUGUACCAGUUUCAGUAUAGAAUACGAUAUUGCUAACGUGAUCGUGUGAGAUGAACAUUAAUAAUAUCAAUAUUUUUUAUGUAAUAAAUAACACUUAUCCUUCUAGAAACUACAUUGAAAGAAAUAUAAAGCCAUAAACUUAUAUUUUUAGUAGUUAACCUCUCACACGAUCUAUGUUACUAAACUCCGCUCGUCACGCAGAUAGAAUUUCGUACAAUGACCCCAAGCUAUCCAUCCUUAUCUAUUGCUGUCGCGCUCGCACACUCACUGCGGCCGCCCGUCGCAUAGUCGCGACAGCAAUUUAAUUACGUGCGUGUGAUAAGGAUGCGUGGCUUGGGUUCAUUGUACGAAAUUAUAUUUGCUCGGCGACCGGACUUUAUUUGAAAAAUACUUUGAGUAUUUAUAAAUGUUCGAGACGUUAAGUGUAAUCUUAAAUCAGAACAUGUGGUACUUCAAACGUGAACGGAGACCAAACUUGAAACUGUCGAUAGAAUUUAUUUUAUUGUAAAAAAUAAUAUUUUAAAAGACACCAAAGUGAGAGUCGGAAUUCGCUAAAAAACGAUUGGAUCACGUAAUUUCUAAAAUUACUCACAGCCACAUGUAUUUUAAAUAUUGUAUACUAUAUUUUAAGUACAAUUUGAACAGUAUGGAGUGCAUUUUGUAAUGAAUAGGUUUUGUUUUGUAUACGGUUUCGCUAACCUUUGAUAUUACAGCAAAUAUACAGUAUGUAAAUGUUAUAAUGUAACUCCAGUUCUAUACAGAUAUAUUUCAUAGAAAAGCAUGAUAUUCCUCAAAAACUUCGGAAAAUAAGCAUUAUUACAUUACAAAAUUUCAUAAAAGCGUAAUAUCUAAUGCCUCCCUGAUAUGAAACAUUCCUGACUAACGAAACAACUGUGUAUUUGCUGUAUUAUUAUUGAUUAGCGACUCCCCUCAACCCAUGGGCUUACACGAUACAUGGUGUAUCGUUUGCGGACGCUCGAAGCGUGAGGUCAAUUCGCACGCCCUGUAUAGUCACGAAAGCAUUUGUAGCGACAACAGCUUGACCGCUGUGGCCAUCCAGGCUACACCAAACGAAGCUAGUUCAGGUUAGUUACGACUAUUUAAUAUUUAUGACAUCGGAAAGUGUAAAUAAGUUCACGCCAAUAGUUUUUAUAUGUGCAGGGUGUCCCAUGAAAAUCAUGUGAAGCUUAAGGUGGAUGUAGAUCAAAGGAUGGCUCGCAAACCCUUUUUUAUUACUUUUAAUUAGUAAAAAACUGAUGAUGAAAGAAAAAAAUGUUUUAAUGAGUCAUUAUAGAAACAAAUAUUUGCCAAAAACUUAGACACACCGCAAAAAAAAACCUUCCUUAUCAAAGUUAACAGACUGUCGAAGUUUGUAUGGGAAAUAAUAAAUUUUUGUGAUUUGCCCUUUAUUUUUGAUGAAUGUUUCUUUAUUUAUGACUAACAGUCACCUAUUACAUAUUUGCACUAAUUAAAAAUAGUACAUACUACAAUAUACACUUUAAGCUUGAUGUGACUUUAAUAGGACACCAUGUAUCCUAAAACCUGAUAGAUGUUUUAAAUCAACUCUUUGUUUAGUAUACGUUCUAUUAUAAUACUAAAUUAAAGAAUAUCUGAAUGCCUACGAUUUACCUCACUGAACUAGUUAUUUUCGCCUUAAUUUGUAUAGAGUAGAAGAGAGGAGUCUAUACGUAUAUUACAUACAUUCGAAAGAGUACGCUAAGGUGUGUCGUCCAUAGUUAAGCUUAGUUUCUUACCUAACUUUCCAAUAUUGAUAUUGUUCCAUAGGUGUUGGUUCGCAUAGCUGACGCAGUUUUCCAUAGUUGUGUGCAAACAUAAGAAUAAUAUACUUCGUACAGAACAAUUUCUUCGCAAAGGAAUUUAAAAAAAAAUGUACUCAAUAUCGUCAACAAUAUGGUGCAAUUUAGCUUGCCUCAGAGUCGAGCACCGUUUCGUUUACGUACUAGAUAAAUCCAUUGCAAGCGAAUUUAACUCUUAUUAUUCGAGAGAAACGAUUCAAAAUACAUACCUUGCGAAUUAGCCACGCGUGUUUUGUUUUCGAUGCCUACUCGGGAGGUCUGUUUUUACAAACACUAUGGAAAAUUGUGUCAGCUAUGAUUGAUGAUAUGAUUUCACACCAUCUGAUUAAGGGUUAAGUUUAUUCAAUAAAUACAUACAAUAAAAAGACAACAAACCGGUAAAACGACACUAUUACUAAUUAUUUAGCGUGCACCAAAUAUAAAACGGCUUGCCAAACUUUUAAAAAGACUUGAAACCUAUUCGAGCUGAUUUUUCAACCGUUAACAUUUGGUUCGUGUACAAAAGAAUUAUAAUAUUAUGAAGGUUAUAGGUUUUUAUUUAUUCGCUACUUGACGAUUGAAAAAUUGGCCUAAAUACUAUGUAUGUAUUUGAAUUUAGUCAGAGUGAUAUUUGAUUGUAAAAUAAUUAUUGUAUCUAAAAUGUGUGUAUACUAUUGGUAGAGGCUGUUUGUUUUAUAUUUUUUAUAAUUUAUCAUAUUUUUUUUUACUUAUUAAUUAAAAGAGAUAUAAAGAGAAUUAUUAUCACUCUGAACAAAAAUCGAUAUGAAAUGAAAAUAGUUUUUUUUUCUUCCUAUUUGUUUGCGAGAGCAGCUUAUUUGUGAGUUAUGUUUGUAGAAGUAGUAACAGAUAUUUUGUACGAACAAGGUUGUCGUACUUAUUGUCGUACAAGUAAAGGAAUGGCUGAAAUCAGAUACAGAGAAAAAAUAUUACGUAGAAGCAUUGGCACUGCACCAGGCCAGAUUCGCUUACGUAAUCGUUAAAAAAACCAUAAUAAACGAUGAAGAACUAACAUCCAAGUUGAACUGCCACGAACAGCUUUGUUUAAACAAAAUAUUGUAACAUUACUAUUGGUCUAGCUAGGGCUUAACUGAGUCAGUGCCUGAGGUACGGGAGCGGCACGGGAGGGUGUUUUUGAGACGUCAAACGUCAGCGAGACUUAGAUUUGUGCGCUUUGUCACGUCAUAAUAUGUCAAUGUCACCCCUCUCUUGUCGCUUCCAUACCUCAGACAUUGGCUCAGCUAAGCGCUAGACAUACAGGGUGUUGAUUUUAAUCCUCGCCAUAUUUAUUUAGGUGAUCAAUUAUGAACGUAUUAUCCACAAAAAAAACAAACGAAAGUGGAAUUUUUAGCGAACAUUUUCCGUGCGUCAUCCACUGUACUGUGGCUCGCAAUACUGCAAUACGUUUACACUGCGGCACCAUCGAGUUACGCGGAUUGCUCGCUUAUCAUGUCGGAUAGCCUACUGAAGGUAGCCACGUAAAGUAGGUAGUGUUAAUAGGUAUUUUUCUUUGAGUAACUAAAGUUAAAGUUCAUUUUAAAUUUUUUCGAAGUAAUUUUUUUUACUAAUUUGUGAUCAGAAUAAGCUUCUUAAUCAACUCCCUAAAUAUUGCGAGGAUUGAUAUCAACACCCUGUAUAAACAGAAGGACUGAUCAAAUACAGGCCAAACGGUUGAAUUUAAUUUAUUUUUUUAAUAAAAUACGGUUAUGUCAUAUCUUACAACACUUGAGAUCCUUUUGGCCAGUCCUCGCAAACGUGCACUCGGUAAUCUUGGAAGUUGUUGUCAGACAUCCAUUUAGGUUAAUGCUUCAUAGGAUGUAAUAAAUCAGUCUUAAUUUUAUUUUAGUGUAAGGCGUAGUAGACACGCACCCGUACGGUCAGAAAAACAUCAAUUUUUGAAACUAUUGUGAUUUAUUGAUCUACUUUGUUUGCUUUAUAAAAGCUUCAGUUAAAUUUUUACCCCCUUACUAAUAAAAAGUUACACAGUUGUUGAACACUGUUUUAAAAUGACAUUUUCAUACUAAACGUCACUUUAAAACACUGUUCAACGAGCAUGUAAGUUUUAUUAGUAAGGGGGUUAGUUAGUGGUAAUUGAGAAAAAACUUCCUAAUUUCAUAAGCCGUUAUUGCACUAACAUGAUUAGAAUUGAUUUCAAAGCUUUUUUGAUAUUUGCAUUUGGUUUAGAUUCUUUGCAGCGGCACGGAAUUAAUAAAUGAAUAAUAACUACCCUGUUUCUCAUUCUACCUGCGUGUUCCAUUCGCUGGAUCAUAUUUUUUUUCUAUCUAGCGUUGUUAAGUAGUUUUAUAAUAUAAUUUAUUGUAUACUGCUCAAUCUUGUAUUUUGUUUUAUUGACUUAGUUUUGUUUUCUUUCUUUUGGGGACUUAUUCUGAAGAUACAGAUUGGAAUAAUUUAUUUAUAAUUGUACCUAUGUAUGAAAAUGUAAAACGUUAAUUUAUAAUUAUGGUGUGGUUAUAAUAGGAAGAAUAAGUCCCUAAAAUUGUUUUUGAUUUAUUUUCUCAUUCACCUUCUGGCUGUAGUUGUACAUUAUUUUAAACAUUUAAUUGGCCAGAGUAAUUAAAGUGGAGGCUCCAUCGGUAAAGAGUUAGAUGACAUUAGAUGCAGGUAAUAAGCAAUUUGUAAACAAUAAAAUAAUUAUUGAAAUAA